AUGUCAAAACAAUCAUCUAUCCUGAACGCCACGGAGGAAGAUAUCCAACUCCUUCUUUCGGCGACAUGUCAUAUUGGUGCCAAAAAUUUGAAUGUUCAAAUGAUUCCUUAUGUUUUUAAACGUCGACCUGAUGGAGUUCACAUUAUUAAUAUCGGUAAAACAUGGGAAAAAUUGACUUUCGCUGCCCGAAUUAUUUGCGCUAUUGAAAAUCCUGCUGAUGUGGUUGUAAUUUCAGCACGUCCAUAUGGACAAAGAGCAGUAUUAAAAUACGCAUCAUAUACAGGAGCUCAACCUUUUGCAGGAAGGUUCACACCUGGUACAUUUACUAAUUAUAUUACCAGAUCGUUUAAAGAACCGAGAUUAAUUUUAGUAACAGAUCCAAAAACGGACCAUCAAGCUAUAAAAGAAGCAUCAUAUGUUAAUAUUCCAGUUAUUGCGUUAGCUGACACUGAUUCACCAUUAAAAUUUGUUGAUGUAACAAUUCCAACAAAUAAUAAAGCAAAACAUUCGAUUGGACUAAUUUACUGGAUGUUAGCAAGAGAAGUAUUAAGACUUCGAGCUACCAUUCCACGUGAAAUACCAUGGUCCGUUAUGGUUGAUAUGUUCUUUUACAGAGAUCCUGAAGAAGCUGAAAAGGAAGGUGAAACGGCUUUAGCUACUACUGCUCCUGAAAAAAGUUUUACUAGUUUUGAACCUACUAGCAGUUGGGAUGAAGGUACAACAGAUUGGGGUGCUGAAGGUCCUGGUGCUGUUAGUGGCAUUAGUCCUGCUUUAGCUGUUACCGCUACUCCUGAAAGUGGUGGUACUUGGGAUACUCCCACAGCACCUGUACCUCCUCCAACUGAACCUACCACCACUACUACUUUCGAAACUACGAUUCAAACUACUACAGGUGGUGGUAGUUGGGCUGAUGAAACUUCUGCUGAAAAUACUGGAUGGUAA